CCGCAGCAGCAACAGCCGCAGCAGCAAGAGCUCCAGCAGCAACAGCCGCAGCAGCAACAGCCGCAGCAGCCAGAGUUCCAGCAGCAAGACCUGCAGCAGCAGCAGCCGCAACAGCAACAGCCGCAGCAGCAACAGUUCCAGCAGCAGCAGCCGCAGCAGCAACAGCCACAGGAGCAACAGCCGCAGCAGCAACAGCCGCAGGAGCAACAGCCGCUGCAGCAACAGUUCCAGGAGCAACAGCCGCAGCAGCAAGAGCUCCCGCAGCAACAGCCGCAGCAGCAACAGCCGCAGCAGCAAGAGCUCCAGCAGCAACAGCCGCAGCAGCAACAGCCGCUGCAGCAGCCGUUCCAGCAGCAAAACCCGCAGGAGCAACAGCUGCAGCAGCAGCCGCAGCAGCCCGAACUGCAACAGGAACAGGCAGAGCAGGGGCUGCAGCAACAGCCGCAGCAGCAGCAGGCUGAACAGCAGCAGCAGCCACAGACUGAGCAGCCGAAGCAGCCUGAGCAAGUGCAGCAGCAGCAAGAACAGCAGCAGCAGCAACAGCAGCAGCAGCAACAGCAGCAACAGCAUCAGCAAGUAGCUGGCUGGGGCGAGACGUCGGUAUUGGAGCAGGAGGAGCAGCAGCCCGAACUGCAGCAGCAGCAACAGCCGCAGCUGCUGCAGCAGCAACAGGAACAGCAGCAGCAGCAGCUGCUGCAGCAACCGCCCGAACUGCAGCAGCAGCAGCAGCAGCAGCAGCCCGUAGAGCAGCAGCAGCCAGAGCAAGCGGAGGAACCUCUGGCAGCAGCUGCUGCUGCAGAGCAGCAACAGCAGCAGCAGCAGCAGAAUCUGGGGCAAGACCAGACUUUCCAGGCUCCGCAGCAAGAAGCGCAGCAGCUGCAGCAACAGGAGCAGCAACCGCAGCGGGAAGAGCAGCAGGUGGAGCAGCCUGAUCAACAGCAGCUCCAGCGAGAAGGGCAGCAGCUGCAGCAGGAGCAGCAGCAACUGCAGCAAGAGCAGCAGCAACUGCAGCAAUUGCAGCAAGAGCAGCACCAGCCGCAGCAACAAGAGCAGCAGCUGCAGCAGCAAGAGCAGCAACUGCAGCAAGAAGAGCACAAGCUGCAGCAAGAGGAGCAGCUGUACCCGGAGCAGCAUCAACCGCAGCAAGAUCAGCAGCAGCAGCAGCAAGAUGGGAAGCAACUGCAGCAGGGGGAGCAGCAGCUGCAGCAAGAUCAGCAGCAGCAAGGAAGGCCUGGGCAAGACGGGGCCCUGCAGCAGCAGCAGCAACAGCAACAGCAACAGCAACAGCAGCAGCAGAUAGCAAGGAGGCGUACCGAUUUCGGUGGCCCAGAACAGCAGCAGCAGCAGCAGCACCAGCAGCACCAGCAGCAGCAGCAGGCAGCGAACGUCUCUGCGCUGCAGCAGGAGCUGCUGCUGCAGCGCUUGGGAGGCUUCCUCGGCUCUUCACGCUGCAGCUUCUCCUGGAGUUGUGCAGCCUUUGCUGAUCUACUGGCGAUGCAGCAGCAGGGGCUGCUGCAGCUGCCAGCAGCAGCAGCAACAACACAAGCAGCAGCAGCAGCAGCAGCAGCAGGACCUGUGGCGGAGCUGGUGCGGGCCCUUGCUGCAGGGCAUGAGACUUUGAGGUUGAAGCAGCAGCAGCAGAAGCAGCAGCAGGAGAAAGAGCAGCAACAGCUGCAGCAGCAGCACACGCAGCAGCGGCGUAAGGAGCAGCAUCAGCAGCAGCAGGAGCAAGAGGCAGCUGCAGAGACGAGGGCCCAUAUGCGCACUGCGUUGCUGUCUCUGCUGCAGCUGCAGCAGCAGCUGCAGCAGCAACAGCAGAACCAGCAGCCAAGUAGCACCAGCCCCACUACGAGCAGCACUAGCGGCACGAUCACUAGCAGUCCUGGCAGCAGCAGCAGCAGCAGCAGCAGCAGCAGGGUAUUGCUGUGGCUGAGGAUAGAGCUACCUGUUAUGUUUAUCAGCAGCGCAGAGAGGCAUGAAAGGCGCUGCGCUUUGCGAUGUCUCCGCAGACAGCAGCAAAGAGCUUACAGCAACAGAAAGCACCUCCUUGCUGUCCUCGACAAGCAGCAGCAGCCGCAGCAAGAGCAAGAGCAGCGGCAGCAGCAGCAGCAGCAGCAGCAGCAGCAAGAGCAGCAAGAGCAGCAGCAGCAGGAGCUAAACGCUGCUGCACAGGAAGAGACAAAGGAGACAGAUGGCAGUGGGGUGCAGCAGCAAAGGCCUGCUUCUCCUGAUGCUGGGCAGUGCAGCAACAGCAGCAGCAUCAGCAACAGCAACAGCAGCAACACGAGCGGCAAGAAGAGCUUUCUUGGGAGCCUCCGCCGCAAGACUGCAACCUUAACAACCAGCAGCAGCAGCAGCAGCAGCAGCAGCAACAACAACAAGGGGAAGCUAUGGGCUUCAGCAAGUGCAGCAGGUGCAGCAGGAGCAGCAGGAGCGCUGCAGGGGGCGAAGCAGCUAUUAGGUAAAGCCAAGCGGGCUUUGACGUUUGCUUCUCUCAGCAGCUCUGUUAGAAAGGAAGCAAACAGCAGCACGAACAGAAUAAAUAUAAAUAAAGAUAAACAGCACGAUGAACAGCAAGCAGCAGCAGGGCAGCCACCUGAAGCAGACGCAGCAGCAGCAACACACACACCAGAAGACAAUGAGAAUACAGCAGCAGCAGCACCAGCAGCAGCAGUAGACGCAGCAGCACCAACAGCAGAGAUAGCAGCAACGGAGACAGCAGCAAAUGGAGGGGGGGCUGGCCUUCUACCUUUGCGUUUGCCUGUCUCUUACGACGCUGCUGCUGCUGCUGCUGCUGCUGCUGCUUGGAAGUUUUUGUCUCCAAGGGACGAAGCAGGGGCGGCGCAGCUGCAGCGCUGCUGUGCUGCUUUGCUGCUGCUGCUGCUGCAGCAGCAGCAGCAGCAGCAGGACUGCUGCCUUUGGGGUCUAGAGGUUUCAGGAGAUAUUGAGGAUCAGCAGACAUGGGUGGCAUUUUGUGCUGCAGCAAACCGACGCAUUGCGCAGCUGCUUGCUGCGCUGCCCCAAAGAAAGCAGCAGCAGCAGCAGCAGCAAGAAGCAGCAGCAGCAGCAGCAGCAAAAGGCGAAGCAGAACCAGCAGCAGCUGCUGUUGCAAGGCCUGCCGCAACUACAGAGGCUCUAGAUGCGCAUGAUUUGGCUUCUGCAGACCCGCAGCAGCAACAGCAGCUGCAGCUUCAGCAGCAGCAGCAGCGAGAAGAACUGAAGCAGCUGCUGCAGGUUGAGUCGCGUCUGCUGCUGCUGCGGCAAAGCCCAGACGAAGUUGCUGCUCCGCUGCUGCCGCAGCGCGUUGAUGAGGACAUCAGCGAGCCCAAGUUUCUAGGGUCAGCAGCAGCAGCAGCAGCAGCAGCAGCAGCAGACGAAGAAGAAGAAGAAAGACCAGAUGAAGAGCCGUUGCUGCUUGCUGCUCUAUCUCUUAUCGAAGCUUUAAUACGCUCGCAGCCUUCGCUGCGCUUCUUGUCUUUAGGGGGCCCCGUGCUGGAUCUGCUGUCACAGACACCCGAUUUGCUGCUGACGAACUGGCGCUGCAGCAAACUUGCUGCAGCGCAACGCCGCAUCGUGCUGCUCCUCUCCCACUCCCCCGCAUUCGAGCAGCAACAGCAGCAGCUACUGCAGCAGCAGCAGCAGCAGCAGCAGCAGCAGGUGACGCAGUGGCUGCUGCUGCAGUCGCUUGAGGUGUUGGUUUUGAAUCACCCGCACAGAGGCUCCGGUGUGUCUCGGCUGCUGACAGCCAGCAUAGAGGAUGGAGUCUGCUGCUGCAGCAGCAGCAGCAGCAGUAGCAGCAGCAGGAGCAGCAAGAGCAGCAGGAACAGCAGCUGCUGCUGUUGCAGCUGCCACAGUGGCGCGGCUUCCUUACAGGACAGCCGCAUGCAGUCUUCGGAGGCUCAGUGCCCGUGUGCAGCUGGCGGAGCAGCAGCAGGUGCAGCAGCAGGUGCAGCAGCAGCAGCAGGAGGAGGUCUCACGCAGCGAGUCAGCCUCAGUCAAGUGCCUGACGAGAAAGAGCAGCACCAAACACCGCAUGAAGGAGAGACACCUCAGUGGUCCUGGCACUACAGGCUAGCGCGGGGACAGCUGCGGAGCGGAGACAGCGACACCUACCAGCAGCAGCAGCAGCAGCAGCAGGAGGAGGAGCAGCAGCAGCAGCAGCAGCAGGAGGAGGAGGAGCAGCAGCAGCAACAGCAGCAGCAGCAGCAGUUGCAGCUGCAGGCGAAGUUUUCUGCGCUGUCCAUGCGUUCCACUAGAAAUGCAGCACCUGGAACAGCAGCAGCAGCAGCAGCAGCUGGUGCAGCAGCAGCAGAAGGUAUCGAAGGAGGAGCUAUUCGCUGCUUUGCUGCUGCUGCUGCAGCACGACCCGCCGUCUUAGCAGCUUUUAUCUGUCACCCAGACGAAGUGCAGCAGCUGCUGAACUUCAUAGGCAGCCUUGCGCCCUCCUCCCCCAACCAGCAGCAGCAGCAGCAGCAGCAGCAGCAGCAGCAGGGCUGGGGCAGAGAGCUGAAGUCUUUGUAUCUAUCCAACACCAUGACGGGGUUGCUGCAUAUGCACCGCUAUAGGGGGAGGCCUGCUGCUGCUGCUGCAGCUGCAGCAGCAGCAAUGGCUGCGCGCGAGAUCUGGAGGCAGCAACAAGGUGAAGCGAAUAGAGCAGCAGCAGCUGCAGCAGCUGCAGCAGAAGGCGCAGCAGCGUCGGACGUGCCAGAGGCAGCAGAGAAGCUCGAAGCAGCAGCAGCAGCAGCAACAGCAACAGUAGCGGAGGCUACAGCUGCUGCAUCUGUAGCAUCAGCAGUAGCAGCUGCAGCAGCAGCAGCAGCAGCAGAAGAAGAAGAGGAGCAAGAUGAAAGAGAAGAAGCUGCUACUUUGCUGCUGGCAGCAAAGAGGCAUCCGGGGAGGCCUGCAGCUGCUGCUGCAGCAGCAGCAGCAGCAAUGGCUGCGCGCGAGAUCUGGAGGCAGCAGCAAGGUGAAGCGAAUAGAGCAGCAGCAGCCGCAGCAGCAGCAGCAGAAGGCGCAGCAGCGUCGGACGUGCCAGAGGCAGCAGAGAAGCUCGAAGCAGCAGCAGCAGCAGCAACAGCAACAGUAGCGGAGGCUACAGCUGCUGCAUCUGUAGCAUCAGCAGUAGCAGCUGCAGCAGCAGCAGCAGCAGCAGAAGAAGAAGAGGAGCAAGAUGAAAGAGAAGAAGCUGCUACUUUGCUGCUGGCAGCAAAGAGGCAUCCGUAUAUGUCUCUCAGCAGCAGCAAGUGCAGAGGCGUUCAGGAGCAGCUGCUGCAGCAACAGCUGCUGGUGCUGCCGCAGCUGCUGCGUUUGCAUUUAAAACGAUGCAGUUUGCUGCUGCCGCUCUUCAGCUGCUCCUCGCUGCAGCAGCUGCUGCUGCAGCGCACCACCAUACAUAUCUCCAGCUUAUUAGAGGCCCUUAAGGGCUGCUGCUGCUCCCUGCGCCAGCUGUAUGUACACCGCGUAAAGGGGAGACAAACUAAAGCAAAAGCACAAACUAAAACGGAGACAGAGACAUCUCAGCUGCAGCCGCUGCAGCAGCAGGAGACACCUCAAGCUGCUGCGGAGGAGGCGGAUAUUAUUGAUGCUGCUGCUGCUGCUUCUCCUGAUGUUGUUCCUGCUGCGGCUGCUGCUGCAGGUGAAGCACCACCAGCAGCAGCAGCAGAGAGUGCUUCGUUUGAAUCCCUGAAUGGCAGCACUGGCAAAGAGGGCGCUUUGCUGCAGCAGGAGCAGCAGCAGCAGCAGCAGCAGCAGAGGCAGGAGCUGCUGCUGCCAGAGCUGCAGCACUACGGAGGAACAGCUCGGGUGUUUGCUGUCGCAGGCGUAGAUUUGCUGCUGCCUUCGCUUAGGCGGCUCUGCCUAACUGAUGUUUGCUGCUGCUUGCAUGCGGCCCCACAGGACCAUCAUCAUCAGCAGCAGCACGAGCUGCAGCAGCAGCAGCAGCCGCAGGAGCUGCAGCAGCAGCAGCAGCAGGGUGCUGGGUGGAUGGGUAAGGCUCAAGGCCGAGAGGGAGGCAACCACCACCACCACCACCACCACCACCACCACCACCACAGCAGCAGCAACAGCAACAGCAGCAGCAGCAGCAACUUAGAAGAAGCUGAGAAAGAGCUGCUGAGGACCUUCUUAUCUCGGCAUAUCCCGCAGUUAGAAGUUCUGAGUGUAGACGGCCCCGUGCCUUUGCCGUUCUGUGCUGCUGCUGCUCCUGUUGCUGCUGCUGGUGCUGCUGCUCCUGCUGCUGCUGCUGCAGCAGGAGCUGCUGCGUGCCGCCUGCAGCACUUAGGAAUUGGACAGCUGCAGCAGCGCUUGAAGAAAAAGAGAGGGGGAGAAGAAGGCAGCACACUGAGGAGACAGUGGAGCAGCAGGAGCAGCAGGAGCAGCAGGGACAGCAGCAGGAACAACGGCAACAGCAGCGACACAGACAGCAGCAGCAGCAGGAGCAGCGGCGGGAGCAGCAGCAGCGAGAGUGAUACGGACGCAGCGACAACUGCAGCACAGUAUCAAGGCGCUCGUCCCUCUGCUGCUGCUUCUGCUGCUGCUGCUGCUGCUGCUGCUGCUGAUGUGUCUCCAAUGGCGUUUAGAAUAACCGACUUAGGAACAGCGCAGCAGCUGCCUUCUCUUGUGUCUCUUGCUGUAGGCGGGGAGGUGUCCGUUGGCUGUCUGCAUCGUCUCCUUCCUGGUGUAUCUCUAAGUUAUCUGUUUGUGGGGUCUAUUGUUGCUGCUAGUGAGGCUGCAGACACGCCAGCAGCAGCAGCAGCAACAGCAGCAGCAGCAGCAGUAGCAGCAGCAGAGGUAGGAGUUACCUCGAAGACAAUAGAGCAGCUGCUGCACCGCUGCUCCUCCCUCAAAGUGCUCGGCCUGCAGCAGCUCCCGUGCAAUAUACACCCUCAGGUCUUGGAGGCUCGCCUAAAGCGUAUGGGUUUCCUAAGAGCAAGCCAUCGCCUAGUUGCUGCGCUGCAGCAGCAGCAGCUGCAGCUGCAGCAACAGCAGCAGCGCCACCAGCAGCAGCAGCACGGAGCUGGAGGUACGCCCAGCAGACACCUCAGCCCCAGCUGCUGCUCAACCCCGAGAGCUGAAGCUUUUGUAGAGACAGAACUGCAGCAGCAGCAGCAGCAGCAACAGCAGCGUGCAGAAGGCGGUGCGGAGACAGCAGCGCCUGCUUCUGUGGAGACUGCAGGAGCCGAUAAUAAUACCCAGGGCCCUGCUGAUGCUUCUGCGUCUCCUACUGCAGCAGCAGCAGCAGCCGCAGCAGCAGAAACACCUUUAUACAGCUCCGCUGGCGGGGCAGGAGGCUGGCAGCACUCCUCAGAGGCACCAUCGCAGCGUGCAGGGUUGUCUCCUGCUGCAGCAGCAGGUCCUGCUGCAUACACCCGAAGCAACAGCAGCAGCAGCAGCAGCAGCAGGCGUCUCCAUAAGGCUGAGAAGGAGACACAAGAUGCUUACAUACCCGAGCUUGAGGCCCUGAGAGCUGCUGCUAGCUGCCUAGACAGCGCGGAGGUUGUAGAGUUACAGAAACCGCAUUAUAAAGCAGUAAGAGAGAAGCUGCACCAGGAGACUGCUGCUGCUGCUGCUGCUGCUGCUGCUGCUGGGCCUUCAGAAACGAAGCCAAGCAGCCCUGUAGCAAAGGGCAAGCCGCACGAGACAAGGCAGCAGCAGCAGCAGCUGCAGCAACAGCAGCUGCAGCAGCAGCAGAUCGCCUUAGAUAAACCUGUGCACAGGCUGCUGCGGCAGUGGAGGUUUGUCUUUGUGCGAUGCUCGUCAGAGCGCAUCAGGGCGUUGGGGGUUUAA